AUGCAAAUGUUUUCUCUAAAUUUUUUAAUGUAUACUAUCGGUGGUGUAUGGAUGCCGAUUGAAUGGUCAUCGAAUAUCGCUAAACUAAUGUACAAUGUGUUUACCACUAUUGUACUAGUCUUAUUAUACUUUUUGAUGAUAACUCAAUUCAUGGAUAUCAUUCUUGUUGUUGAUAAUAUCGAUGAUUUCGCAACAAAUACCUUAAUGUUUUUGACUAUUGUUGCUGUUACUUGUAAAGCGACGAUUGUUGUAAUACGUCGGAAGGCAAUCAUCAAUUUGCUGCAAAUAUUAUUGACGGCACCUUGUAAACCUCGAGACGAGGACGAAAUGAUGAUACAAACUAAAUUUGAUAAAUUUAUCAAAUCAUGCUCAAUUAAAUAUUCACUUUUAGCAACUAGUUCUGUGACUGGUGUUACAGUAAGAUCUGUACUAAAUGCUAUGCAAGGUCAAUUACCUUAUCGAGUAUGGCUACCAUAUGAUUUUAAUAUAUCUCCAAUGUUCUGGAUUACGUCUGUUCAACAAAUCGUAACAGUGAUUUUUGUUACUAUUAUAAACGUCGGCACGGAAACCUUAGUUUUUGGAUUAUUUUUGCAAACAUGCGCUCAGUUUGAAAUCUUUGAAAAUCGUCUUCACAAAUUCGUGACUAAUAAAACUAAUAAAUUAAUGAAAAAUAAAAUUAGAUAUUUAGAACAUUCUUCUCUUUCAUCAAAUGAAGAAAAAGCGAUAAUAUCAAAAUAUAUACAUCAUCAUCUCAAAAUUUACAAAUACGCCAGGACGGUAAAUGUCAUAUUCAAUCAGGUACUCUUUGUCCAAUUCUUUGGCAGUAUAUUGGUAUUAUGUACAAGUGUAUAUUAUCUAUCAGCACAUAGUACGCUAUCCGAAACAGCCACUUUGAUAGUGUAUACUAUUUGUAUGUUUGUACAAAUCUAUGUUUAUUGUUGGUCGGGAAACGAAGUCAUACUUAAGAGUAUGAGCGUAGGAGAUACAAUAUAUCGUAUGAACUGGCCUUCACUAUCCAUCAACGAAAGAAAAGAACUACUAAUGAUCAUGUUACGCAGCACACUUCCUAUAAAAUUUACUAGUAGUUUCUUAAUAACCUUAUCUCUCCAGUCUUAUAGCAGUAUCUUAAAAAUAUCAUACUCAGCAUUUAAUGUAUUACAAAAAUGA